GUUGCGGGCGCUCAGUGUGAAGUUUUCAAUUAUUUCGUGAGUAUCGUAGGAAAGUUCUUCAUUUCGGCUUUAACAUGGGCAAACCUAUUAUUUAUGGAAGCGAUGGAAGUCCUGCGGUUCGUGCAGUCCUACUCACAGCCCAUGCCAUCGGUUUGGACUAUGAAUUCCACGAAAUCAACACCCAGAAAAAUGAACACAAAACAGAAGAAUUUUUGAAAAAGAACCCCCAACACACCAUCCCCACCCUUGAAGAUGAUGGCAAAUGCAUUUGGGACAGUCAUGCUAUCAGCACAUACCUAGUGAGCAAAUACGCAAAGGACGAUUCUUUGUAUCCUAAAGAUUUGUACAAACGCGCAGUAGUAGACCAGAGGCUUCAUUUUGAAAGUAGUGUUUUGAGUCCUCGAAUGUUUGCGUUUGGGGCUUCCAGGAGAAGCACGGAUCCGCAGGCAAUGGAGAAUGCUAAAACUUCCAUACUCGAGGCUUAUGAUUUCCUUGAAAAAUUCAUUGGUAGCAACCAAUAUUUCACUGGAAACUCAUUAUCUGUUGCCGAUUUUUCAAUUUUGGCUACUCUCUCAACUAUGGUUAACUUCGCACCUGCCGAACAGGAAAAGUUCCCAAAAAUCAGUGACUGGUUAAGCCGAAUGACCAAGCUUCCUUACUACCAGAAAGCAAACGGUGAUGGACUACAAAAAAUUAUAGAGCAUAUUAGGAAAAUGAGCUCUCAGUAAGCGUAAAAUUAUCCUUAAACCAUAUGCAAUGUGUGUGUUGAGUGUAAUACGAAAUGAAGUGCAAUAAAAUUA